GCUUCGAUGCAAAAUUGCAAUUAAAAUAGAAAAAUCGUGCAAAAUAAUAGUGUUUUUCGGGAAAAAACGCAAAAAGAAUUGCUGCAAACGUUUGGAGAUUAUCCUGCGACUCGGGAGGUUUCAUAAAAUAUCGAAUAUACGGAGAUAUACGACACUUUUUGUACAAAGAAAAUAUUUUUGGGUCGCCAGUUACUGUUGAACAUGUAAAUGGAUGAGUAAUUUUCCGAAAUCUGCUAAAUGUACAAGCUACUCCAUUAUGGCAGAACGAGAUAAUAUUCCAAGUAUUCCGGUGACUACGUUAGCUGGAUUAAUAAGUCUGUCUGAUUUGUUAAGUGAACUUCCGUUAGCAGAGAGUACACAAUCUUCUGCCAACAAAUCGUUACUUUUUCAUCCGAGAGUAGCAGAGGAAGCAAAUAAUUUGCUACAAUCGCAAGAUCCAACGUUAAUUGAGCCUCUAUUGCAAGCGAUUCAACAAACAAACUCGGAUAACAUAGAGCUAAAAGAUGCUUAUAAGGAUUCUCAAAGUCGCGUACUUCCUCAUGAUGCGCCAAAUCUACUACAAGUCAUAUUCUCGUUUGACAGUAACGUCUUCAAUCAUCAACGUAGCUUUUCACAGCAACAACAAGCAUCGGCGAUGAUGAAUUCUUCAUUUCAAAACCAUAUCCCCAUGCAUCAGCAACAACAACAACAAAAUGUGUUCAAUCAAAGUUUCCAAUCCUCCGCAAAUACAAAUACUCAGCAACAAAUUUUGAAUCAGCAUAAUACACCUGUGAUCAAAAACUAUGCACAGAAUAGUAGUAGUUCAGCGCACAUGGAUGCCUUUAGUCAACUUAAUCAUGGAUAUAGUGUAAAUGCUGGAUACGAAAUGAAUCAGAUGUUUGAUAAUGUUACCAACUACCAAGGUCAGCAACAACAAAUGAUUUAUCAACAACAAAAUAAUUCUCUCGAUUGGUCGACAUCAUCUUCUCCGUCAAUGGGAGUUGGAAUGCGUGUUGAUACAAUGCGUGAAAUGAAUUUUAUCAACAGUCCAAAUCAAAGUAUCAUGUCAAUGACAGAUGAUACAACAAAGUCUCCCAUGUUAUCGUCAACGUCUGUCUAUCAACAACAACAACAACAACAAAACAAUCAAUCGUUUUCCCAAACAUCACAAAAUCACAUGGUACAAAAUAUCUUGGCGAAUCCGCACACAUCGUCGAACAACGAAGGACAAAAAGUUGUUCCACGUAACAAUGAAUAUUUACAACAACAGCAGCAGCAACGCCCAUCGCCCGCUCAAGCAAGUACUGCGCCCGAAACUAGUCAAAUUCAGAACAUGCAGAAUCAAAAUAAAUUUGUGCAAAAAACGAGUAAUAGUCAAGUAGGGUCCGCAAAACACGCAAACAGUGUUAAUCCUUCAAUGCCACGUACAAACAUGUUGGAAGCGUUAAGAAAUUCAAGUACGCUCAUUCAAUCGACGAGUGUCGAACAACAACCAACAAUGGUCACACAGAAUCAGCAACAAUCAAUGCCGUCGACAAACAAUACAAUUCUCAACAAAUCCAAGGCAACGACGAUCCCAAUCGAUGAUAUCGCAAAGCUUCCAUUAAAGAAUGCCGUCAUUAAGUUGGAUAAAAUCACGAGUGAAGAUGCCAGUUUGAUGCAAACUGAUCUCAAAUCUUUCAUCGAAAAGGAUCCACAGAAGGCAGCAAAAUAUGGCGUUGCUGGACCCAAUAAUGACAGUCUCUUCUCCAAAAUGAAGGAAGAUGAUGUACGACUGCCAUACAAACGAAAGUUGCCGACGAAUAACUUAAGAACCGAAGAUAUUGUGAGCAAACCAAAAUUACGUCGUGUCGAAAAGAAACUUGCUCCUGUUGUGCAAAAAUUGACGACAGAAGAACUCAUGAAAACAAGCAAUUAUCAACGGUUUACGCAAUUCAUGGAUCAAGUAUUGGAAGAACUUGACGAAACAGAGGCUGUGGUAAGUUUGGAUGAGGAAGAAAAUCCGGAUUGCAUACCGUCGCAACUUUUGAACAACAUUAGUGCGGAAUGUGCAAAGUUAAAAGCACGAAAUGGGAUUGACGCCUUACCGGAAAAUAAAUUGACACUUUUGAUCAGUUAUGCCAUGCGUAGUUUAACGAUUGUGAAGAACGUUUCGGCAGGUCCCGAUGUGCAAGAUGAUAUAGAUGAUGCCGAUAUAUUGCAUAAACUUGUGUGUGCUGGAGAAGCAGCUCUUUUCGUUUGUAACAUAUAUACAUGCAAAAGUACGAAAUUCCUGCAAGAAGAUAACAUUGAUGCGAUCAUCAAAUUUGUUCAGUUUCAGUUACGAGAAACAAUAUUUCCGUCAUAUGAUCCUGUUUACACGUUUGAAACGAAGAAAAAGAUUGACAAGAAAAAGAGCAAGACAAAGACGGCAUACCAUCAGAAGGAAAUUACGCAAUUGUAUCACAAAAUCGUCGAGAUAACGAAAGUUUUAGUGCAACUGUAUAACAAAUUUCAUUUUGUUGAUACAAUAACAAUUCAUGCAUCUGCUCUUGGCGUCGAACCAUUCUUUGUCGAUAACAUUGAAACAUUGCAAUUCGUUUGUUUGGAUUUGGUAACGAGCAUUUUUCAAAAUGAAAAGUACGCAGCACAUCGUAAAAACAUCCUCGCAGAAAUAUUAGCAUCUGUCGAUCGUUUACCACACUCCAAACGAAAUUUACGACCAUUUAAGUUGACAAACAACGGCGGAAACAUCCAAAUGAUGACAGCACUCGUUCUCCAACUAAUUCAGUGCUCCGUUAUAUUGCCCGAAUCAUUUGCUGAAAACGAAAAUGUGAAUACUACCAAAAAACGAACAUCUGCAUCUGACACAAAAACCGACAAAGAUACAUAUAUUUUGACAAAAUACGAUACAGCUCUGAGUAUUGGAGGAAAUUUUCUCACAACAUUCUUGAACAAAUGCAAAACACGUUCUGGCGACACAGAUUUCCGUCCUUUAUUUGAAAACUUCAUUCAUGAUCUACUAACAACAGUGAAUCGCCCCGAAUGGCCUGCGGCAGAAUUGUUACUCAGUUUACUCGGAAUGCUUCUCGUAAAAUACAUGUCUGACAAAAAUAUUGAUCAAUCGAUUCGAGUCGUGUCUUUGGAAUAUCUUGGGAUUGUAGCGGCUCGUUUGCGAAAGGACACAGUCGAAGCACGUUGCAAAGUCGAUACAAUGGAUCAAUUGAUAAAACUAAUUAAGCAAGAACAGGAGAAAGAAGGCGACAGUGCGUCAAAGGAUUCGAUCAUCGAGAUUAACAAAGAGGAAGAGAGAACGGAGUUUCUGCAGAAAAUGCUCUUAGAUUACUUAGAUGUUAAUGCACAAGAAGACAAUGUUGCAUGGUCUCAUGCCAAACACUUUUAUCUGACACUAUGGUAUCGUGAUAUUAUAAAAUUAAAGCGUCAGAUUCGAGAAGGCGAAAAGGGAUAUGCAUCACGCAAGAAAACUGCAAGACGAAAGAAAAAUUUUGAUUCAGACGAAGAUGAUGACGAUGAAAAUAAUAGCGAAAACGAAAGCGACGAUGACACCAAACAUCGAAAAAACAAAACAAUAGACGAAGAACUCAAUAUGCAAAUAUUCCGAGCUCUAGAUGACCGCAAGAAAUAUCUCCUUAGUAAAAUUGUGCUAUAUGGAGGAACAAAUGUAGAUAAGGAUGAUAUAAAAACGUACUUAGAUUACAACAAUGCCAACCUCAUUGCACAAUAUCUCGCAAGUAAGAGACCAUUUUCGCAAAGCUUCGACUUGUAUUUGCAGAAAAUUAUUUUGGUUGUACGAGAAAACUCCAUUGCUAUUCGUACAAAAGCCAUGAAGUGCUUGAGCAAUAUCGUAGAAGUUGACCAAAGUGUUCUCGGGCGCAAAGAUAUGCAAAUUGGUGUUGCACAAAAACUUCUUGACACAGCAAUCUCAGUGCGUGAAGCAGCCGUUGAUCUUAUCGGGAAAUAUAUUCUUUCAGAUGUUGAAUUGGUUGAUCAGUAUUAUGACAUGUUGUCAAAACGUAUUUUGGAUACAGGUGUAUCUGUUCGAAAACGAGUAAUUAAAAUUUUAAGAGACAUUUGUGUGGAAUUCCCUGCACACAAUCGGAUCCCUGAUAUUUGUGUUAAAAUGAUACGACGCGUAAAUGACGAAGAAGGUAUUCAAAAACUUGUGAUGGAAGUGUUUAUGACAAUGUGGUUUACACCUUGUAAAGACAAUGAUCAAGCUGCAAUGGAUCGCAAAAUUGUCCAAAUCAUUGAUGUUGUUUGCUCUGCAAGCGACAAUAAAGGCAGUUGUGGAUUAGAUGACUUGCUUAAAACUAUUUUCGAGCCAAAAGAAAAUAAGGAAGACACAAAAGCUAAAAAAGAAAUUCCCGCUUCCAUCUUAAAGGCAUGUCAACAGAUUGUCAAUGGGUUAGUCAAUGCGACAAUGACUCUCGAAGGCUCAGAUAAUUCAGCAAAACUUGUUGGUUGUAUAACAGCGUUGCAUCUCUUUGCCAAAGUUCGUCCACAAUUGUUAGUAAAUCAUGCAGAAACAUUGGCGCCGUAUCUAAAUGUGAAAGCCAAUACAAAUUCAAUGGUCCAAUUUAUUAGUAGCAUAGCAGAGAUUUUGGAACAAGUUGUUCCUCUUAUGGAUCAUCCAAGCGAGACGUUCUUGAAUGAGUUAGAAACGAAUUUGAUGAUGCAAGUUUUUUCAAACACUCAAAUUAUUAUAUCGAGUUGCAUCUCUGCCUUGGCUUCAGUUGUAAAUAAAAUUACGAAAAAUUACAAGCUGAUUCGAGAUUGUUUCAAAAAAUUCUACUAUACAACAUUAGUUCCCAGUCGUAAAAAAUUAGAAACAGAUCCUAAUUUUCCAUUAGCCAAAAUCUUUUCGCCAAUGUUUCGUCGCAGUAUUUAUACAAUUGGUUUGCUAUUGCGUCACUUUGAUUUUAAGAAUGUCGAAGUUUAUGGAAACAAUGGAAAAGAAGACAAUUUACCUCCGUCGAUCUGCACAGACGUCUUCGAUGCAUUCGCAUUUUUCUUCAAUUGUGAUAAUAUUGAUAUUCGUCGUCAGACGUUGAUAUCUUUAGGACAUUUUUGUGUACAAAAUUAUGAGUUUUUAUCGAAAUCCGAAUUGAAGGAAGUUUACAUUUACCUGUUGAGUCAACCUGGCGUUCAAACGGAUAUUAAAAUCCAAGUUUUGCGUAACAUCUUGAUGUAUUUGACGGAAGAAGAGCAAAUCAUGGUGAGAAGAGAUAAGGACUGGCAAACACAAUCGAAAACUGAAGACUUGAAAGAAAUGGGUGAUGUAUCAUCCGGAAUGGCAAGUGCGAUUAUCCAAAUCUACUUAAAGGAAAUUCUAAAUUGUUUCUUGCAUCGCGAAUAUUUGGUACGAUUCUGGUCGAUGAAAGUAAUCGAAAUUGUUUUGCGACAAGGUUUAAUUCAUCCUAUCAAAAUUGUUCCAUUCUUGAUUUGUCUCAGCACAGAUCCAGAGAAAGAGGUUGCUCAUUCCUCUGAUCGACAUUUGCAAGAAAUUGAUAAACAAUACCCGGGUUUCGUCAAUAUGAAAACACAAGAAGGCUUACAAUUAUCUUAUAAUUUACAAAAAGCACUGCAAGAAUCCCCCACGAAUGUUAUUGUUCGCGGAUUUCGAGUUAAAGAAAAAAAUGAGCCUCCAUCUGCACUAAAUGGUUUCCUCUAUAGUUUACUCCGUAACACAAAACCGACAAGACGUGCUUUAAUUCAGUCUAUCAUAAAACAAUUUGAUGACCAAAAAAUCUCAUUGCAUCAAAUGUUGUAUUUAGCUGAUAAUUUAGCAUACUUUCCAUACGCUGUACAAGAUGAACCUCUUUAUUUAAUACAUCAAAUUGAUCUUCUGAUAUCUGUUAGUGGAACAAAUGUUCUCGCUAAUUUUCGAGAAGGACUUAAACCAAAUCCCAUUAUUCAAAAUAAACCGGAAAAUUUACCUGAAGCCUUGCUAGAUGAAGAUGACGAGGAAGAUAUUGAUGCGUUGUACGAAAGACUACCCGAAGACACAACAGAGUUGGAAAAGUGCAUUACGUCUGCACAAGGAUGUAUGUUAAUGCUUAUACUCAAACAACAGUUGAAAGAAAUCUAUGGAAUAACAGACAGUAAAAUUUCCCGAUACACUCCAUCAGACACAACCAAGGCAUACGACAAAGCAAUGCAAAGACGAAGCAAUUCCAUUUUCAAUCCAAAAGCUACAAUUAUUAUUAUCAAAGAGCAACGUAAUCCAGAUGAACCAUUGGAUGAAAAAGGUCGAAGAAGAAUUGUUGAAAGAUAUCUCGAGUUCAAAGAACUUAUGCUAAAACUCGAUGCAGAAGAUUCUGACAAUGAGGAUGGUGAAAAGCUACCGAAGCAAACCUCUCUGCCAUCACAAGAAAAUGUUAAUUUGACCAAAACGCCACAAAAAACACAAGAUUGGAACUCUGCCUUCUUGAAAAGUCUAAACAAUGAUGUACCUGUUGAGAUUGAUGAUGGAAACGCUAUAACAACUAAAUCAACAAACAAAUCCUCUGCAAAGAAAGCAUCAACCGCGACUAAAAAACGCAGAAAACGAAAAGCGUCGACUACUGAUGAAGAAAGCGACUACAACAGUGAUGAUUAUGAGUGAACCACAGAGAUGUCAAUUUUAAUUUUCUUAAGUUCAUACUUGAACAAAAUGCACAACACUUUUCAAAUGAACUCUUUCUCAUGUAUAUCUGAAACUCUUGAUUUUAAAUCUAUUUAUGUGUCAGAUUUUAUUAAACAAAAAAAAAAUCGCCUUGAAGUGAAUUUAUCAAAAUUUCAUUACUUUCCUAUUGAUAUGUCGAAACACAAUAUGCAAUAAUAAUUCUUUCGAUGCUCAAUUGACGUUGACGAUCGACAGGACAUAAGAAAUAUUAAACGUUUUAUUGCAUUUACACUCAAAAAAUAGAUAUGUAUUUAAAAGAAAAACUUGUAACAAACAAAAAAUUAUAUUAAAACUAAAUUUUCAAUGAGAGAAAAUUUUUAGAGCAGAAAAUAUUAACAUUUAGGCUUAUU